AUGAAAGGGGAGGUAAAGGGAAAUGAGGCUACGAUUAGGGUUAGAGGAGAGAAAAAGGGGAGAGGGAGAAGCGAAGGGGGGCAAGCAGGGGAGAAGGGAGGCGGAGAAGGGGAACGGAACGGAGCGGGAGGGGAAAAGAAAUGGGGGGGGACAAGCGGGGGGGAAAAGGCGCAGGGCGGAGGGUUGAAGGGGCUGAGCGCAGGGGGGAAGAAGGGAGAUGCGCGCACAAGUGCGGGCAUGGUUGGUGCCACGGGUGGGGGUGUGGGUGGGGUAGGAGAGGGAGUGACGGAGGGAAUAGCGGAGGGGCUUAUAGACGGUUUGGCGGAGGGAAUAGCUGAGGCGCUGGGGGGGAAACGCGCAGAGGGGAAAGCGGAGGGGAGAGAGGCGAGACGAGCAGAGGGAGCAGCAGCAGCAGCGGCAGCAGCAGCAGCAGCAGCAACAGCGACAGAAGAAAGGGCAACAGCAGCAAAGGGGCGUGUUGAUAUGCAAGGGAAUGAGGAAGAGGCGUCAAGAGGGGAUGUAGAUGGAUGGGUUGACCCUGUAGCGGAGUACAUAGGAUGGUCUAUAACGGGGAUGAGGAGGGGAGGGGGAGGGGAUGUGGAAAGAGGGGAAGAGGAGGGAGGAUGGGGCGAGGAGUGGGAGGAGGAAGGGGAAUGGGAGGAGGAGGAGGACGAGGAGGAGAGGGAAGAGGAGGAGGGGGAAGAAGAGGGGGAAGGAGAUGGGGAAGAGGAGCAGGAGAAGGAGGAGGGGGAGAGUGAGGGAAGAGAAGGACGGAAAAGGAUCAGCAGCAGCAACGGGAAGCAGCGGGGAAAGGAGCAGGAGAACGACAAAGCAGCACAUGAGAAAGCAACAACGAACCGUAUCAGCUGCGAAAAGUGUACAGAGAGAAAUAGGUGCAGGGAUUGCGAGGGGUGCAAAGAGGCUAAUAGUGGAGGAGAAGCAGAUAAGAGGGGCUCGGCCACAGCAGGAAAGGCACGAGAAGGUCGACCAGGAGGAGAGGCGGAAAAAGCAGCAGAAGCAGUCGAUGAAACUUCAUUGAAUCACUUGAAUGCUGCUGGUAUAGGUCCCUUAGAUGGGUACGCGGAUGGUUUGGAAGACAACGCGGACCCCCUGGGCGGGUAUAUAGACCCACUGGAGCAAUAUAUGCUGUGGUCUGGCGUGGGGAUGGUGGGAGAGGGGGGAGGGGAGGAGGGGGAAGAUACGGGGGAGGAGGUGGGGGAGGAUGUGGGGGAGGAGGUAGGGGAGGUUGUGGGGCAGGCGGAGGUAGGGGGAGAUGGAGAGGGGACGGUGGGGGGAGGUGUAGGGGGAGAGGUUGGCGGAAAGGUAGGUGAAGAAGAGGGGGAUGAGGUGGGGGAAGGGGAGGUGGGGGAAGAGGGGAUGGAGAGGAAGGAGGUGAGUACAGGGAAUGAGAGGAGAGAGGUGGAGAGGCGAGAUGAGGAGGGGAGAGAGGAGGAGGGGAGGCAGGAGGAGGAGAGAGAGGAGGGAGGACAAAAGGAGGGGCGAGGGGAGGGGAGGCAAGAGGAGGGGGAAGAUGAGAAGGAAGUUAUUGAAGGGCGGGGUGUGAGAGAGGUUGGAGGGGAGAGGGAGGGGAAGGAAGGGAGGGGAGUGAGGGAGGUUGGAGGGGAGACGGAUGGGGGCGAAGGGAGGGGAGUGAGGGAGGUUGGAGGGGAGAGGGAGGGGGGCGAAGGGAGGGAGCAGGAGGAACGGGAGAGACAUGGAGUGGGGGAUGAGGGGCAGGGUGUGGAGUGUGGUGGCGGCAGAGAGAAGAAUGGGCAGAAUGAGAAUGAUAAGGAGAAUGAAAUUAGUGAGGCGAGAGAGGAUGACGAUGUGGUGGAAGUGACAGUGAUGGGAAAGGGAGAGGGAAAGGGCGGUAAAGGAGGAGGGGAGGUGGGUGAUGGUAGAGAGGCGAGGGAAGGCGAGGGUAUGGGGCGUGAUUGGGGGGAGUGUGACGUUGAGGAGUGUGAGAUAGUGGAGGGGAAUGUUCGGGGGAGGGAUGGUGAGGGAAGGGAUGUUGAAGAGAGAAGGGGAAGGCGAGUGGCUGGUGAAGUGAGAAGAGGGCGAGUGGGAGAGAAAGGCGGGAGUGGAAGGGAGAAGGGGAAGGUAACGAAGAGAGAAAGGGAGGGAAAGAGGAGUCGGAGAGGAGAAGAGAAGGCGAGGGCACAUGAGGAGGAGGAGGAGGGAGAGGACGGAGGGGAGAGGGAGGAGGAAGAGGGUGAAGAGGUGGAGGAGAUUGAAAUGGUGGAGGGGGGGGAGAAGGAGGAGGAGAAGAAGGUGGGGGAAGAAGAGGUGAAGGGCAGAAAGAGGGGACAAAAGCGGAGUAAGCACGAGGAGAGGGAGAAUGAGGGGAAUGAUGAGGGUAAGGAGGAUGAGGAUGAGGAGGAGGAGGUGGAAGAGAUAAAGGUAGAAGAUAUACAGGAGGACAGGAGCAAGAGGAAUAAGAGGAAGCGCAAGGAGAGGCAGGGGGGAGAAAAGGAGAAGGAGGCGAGAAAGAGGUCAAAGUACCAGAAAGAAGAGGAGAAAGAGGAAGAGGAGGAUUUGGGAGAGGAGGAGGAGAGUGAGGAGGAGGAAGUGGAGCAGGGCAAGGGGGGAAGGAGGUGUAAGGCGAAGGAGAAGCGGUAUGAGUGUGGGCAGUGCGGCAUGGCGUUCACUCGACCGGCAUAUGUGCGACAACACAUGGCCACCCACGCGAACCAGUCCGCUGGCUUUGGCCGCAUGAGGAGGACUAGGAAGGCCUCACUCACUCACCCACUCAAUCACUCCGGUUCUUCACCCUCCCUCGCUCGCCUUCCUACCACUCCCUGCUACCCCACCCCACCAAUUGCCUUACAGCAGAAGUCGUUUGUGUGCCCACACGAGGACUGCAGAAGAGCGUUCGGGAGGAAGUACCACCUGCAGCGCCACAUGCAGUCGCAUGCUCCCGACCGGUUUCCCUGUCCGCACCCGCAGUGCACCAAGACGUUCAGCCUGCAUGCCAGCAUGCAGCGGCACGUGAGGGAGCAACACUGGGAGGAGGAGGGCAUCCGGGACCGGCUGGAUAGAGUAAAUAGAGAGAGCAAGGGGAAGCAGGAGGAGGAGGGGGGGAUUGGUGAUCGGUUGUGUAGGGUGAAGAGAGAGAGUAAGGGAGGGGGUGCGGAGCAUAAGAAGCGGUUUGACACUCAAAUGUGUGAUGCUGAAUUGUUUGAUGCUGCUGAAGCAGACAGGCAAGAAUCUGCUGACGUGGAGGAUAACAGAGAGAUCCUUGCGACCAAUGGGAGAGAAGGGGCGGUGCAAGGGAUGCAGGGCCACCUGCAGCAACAGAAGCAGCACCUGAAGAAACACCUGGAGGUUGGUGAGGAUCGCCUGGAGAAGCACCUGAAGGAGAAGGAGCAGCCUGGUAUGGAGAUGAAAAAUCACCUGAACCAACAGAAGGAACAGCUGAGGGCAAUAAAGGAGCACUUGAGGAGGAAGGAGAUUCUCCUAAAGGAGGAGGAGGAUUUUCUGAGGCGGCAGCAGGAGCACCUGAGACAACAGAAGGAGCACCUGAAACAACAGAACGAGGAUCUGAGGCAACGAGAGGAGCAAUUAGCAAGGCAAGAGCAGCACCUGGGGGAACACCUGAGCGGGGAGCACCUGGGGGAAGCGCACCUGGGAGGACACCUGAGGGGGCACCUGAGGGGGAAGCACGUGGGGGGGAAUGGGUUGCUACUGCUGCAAGAUGCAGUAUGCUUAAGCUCUCGUGCUGCUGUGGGGACGACUGGUGGUGGUGUGGCAGCAGCUGAUGCUGACGUGGCAGCUCGUGCUGAUGUGGCAGCAACUGAUGGUGAUGCAGAAGUGGCUGUUUGUCAUGUGGCAGGUGGCGAUGGUGAUAUUACAGCAGCUGAUGGUGAUGUGGCAGAAGCUGUUGAUGAGGUGGCAACCGAUGCCGAUGCAAUGGCGACCGUUGGUACGAGUGUGGGCGGUGGGGGGACUGGUUGUGUGGCUGGUGGUGUGGCUGGUGGUGUGGCUGGUGAGGGUGCUGAUGGGAGGAUAAGGGAAGGCGUGAGGGAAGUGGAGGUGGCGAUGCGAGGAGAAGGAGGGGGAGGGGGUGAGGGGAAGGUGGAGGUUGGCAAAGGAGCAAUGGCAUCAGAAGUGGUGGUUGGUACAGGAGCUGUGGCGUCAGGGGGUGGUUGUGAGUCGCCUCAAAAGUUGAUGCGAGGAGAGGAGGGAAGGGGAGCGGGUCAGGGGAAGGUGGAGGUUGGCAAAGGAGCAAUGGCAUCAGAAGUGGCGUCAGAGGGGGUAAGGAAGUACAAGCAGGCUGGGAUGAUGAGCUGGAAGCGAAGGAGGUGGUGUGAUAAGGACGUGGUGAGAGAUAAGCAUGUGGUGAGAAGCAAGGAGAUGGCGGCAGGAAAGCUGGUAAAGUGUAAGGAACGAGAUGGCAAGACAAGGGAGAGGAAGCUGGAGGCAUUGGGAGAAGGCAAGUCAAGGAAGGGACCAUGUGAAGGCACUGAGGCAAGGCACGCAGAAGGGGAAGGAGCUUCGACAGGGAGCGAAGGAGAGGGCGACACAUCAGCAUCAAGUGACGGGGAUGCAGCGGCAGAAAGUACAGCUGCAGCAGCAGCAGCAGCAGGGGAGGGCACGGAUGGCGCAGCAGAGGGAGCAGAUGGGGCCAUAUGUGGCUUCUGCUUUGCUGCCUUCCCGUCCCUCCCUGCCUUGGAGCAGCACACACAGCAGCAGCACCGCUCCGUGCCAUGCCAGCACUGCAACAAGCGCAUCUCUUUCUCUCGCUUCAAGCGCCAUUUGAAGGAGCAGCAUGAGGUGGAGCAACGACCAUCCCACCCAUGCAAGGUGGAUGGGUGCAGCAAGGCGUUCAGCUCUCCCAGCAACCUGAGAACGCACAUUAGGGCAUGCCACCAGGAGGACCGCCCCUUUGCCUGCUCCGUGCCAGGCUGCUCCCAGCGCUUUGCAUACAAAGUCAACCUCUCACGGCAUAUUGCAGCCAUACACGAGAUGACACCCGCACAGAAUGUGGUGGAGAGGGAUGAGGCCAUGCACAAGAGACAGAAGCUCACGGGGAGACCACCUUGUUCUGAUGGUGCUGCGUUCGUUAGCGAUACGCUGUGUGCUGCACAUAAGCAUGAAAAUGGCUCCGCGGAAGCAGAAAAAUGA